UUUUUUUUGUACAUCUAAUUUAUUUAUUUUUAUCUACUUAUUGUUAUAUUUUUUAAUAUGCUAAUAUUUUGUAUCCGUACACCAUUGAGAACAUUCUCUGUGAAAGUUUUUAUAUCUCUAAUUUAUAUUUUACUUUACUCUUAUAUACUUGUCUUUCUAUUCUUCCUCUUUUUAUAUAUAUCUUACUACUAUUGGUUGCCCUCUCUCCCUCCCUCUUUACGUACUUCUUUUUGUAUUUGGAGUAGAUAUGAAGUGGUGGUAAAACACUAUCCACAUUUCCACACACCCUAAAAAAGCCAAGAUCAGCAAUUUCCUCUCCCUCCUCCUUUCUCCACCAAAUAUCUCCUCCUCCUCCUCCUCCUCCUUCUACCUACCCCCAAUCUUCCUUCAUCUACAAACACACACACACACCCACAUGUAUGUGUGAAAGAAGGAUGAAAUCCUUGAGUGGAGUUGGUCUUGGCUUAAGCCUAGUGUUUGGGUGUCUCCUAUUAGCUCUCAUUGCUGAAAUCUACUACCUCCUUUGGUGCAAGACCAAAACCAUCCACUCCACCCCCCACUCCCACUCACACCCCCACCCACCCCCCAACAUAAUCCCCCAAAUCCUCACUACCUGCUGCACACCCACCCCCCUCCGCCUCUGCUCCUCCACCCCACUUGUCCAUCACCCAUCCAAGACCAAGCCACCGCCCAACCCCAUUGGAACCCUCCCAAGAUUCCUCUUCACCAUCACUGAAGAAACCAUUGAAGACUUGGAGGAAAUUUCUGAUCAAGAAUAUGGAUUCCCAUUUCAUGUGGUGAGAAGAAAACAACAGCCCACUACCCAUUUGGCUGAUCUUCUUCAAGUCUUGGAAUUGGAUACCCCCACCCCAUUCCUCACCCCCAUUGGCUCCCCUGCACCUAAUUACUACACCCCACCAUUGACACCCACAGUUUGGAUUAACAACAACAAUGGUGAUCAUCAAAGAUUAGGGCAGUUUUUUCAGGUAGCAGAAAAGGAAAGGGAAAGGGAUGCAGCUUUCAAUAGGAUGAGGGCUUCCCCACCCCCUACAUUCAAGUUCUUGAGAGAUGCUGAGGACAAAAUGAUUCAGAGAAAGAAAUUGAUGGAGGAACAAAAUGGAGGAGGAGAUAGAGAUAACAUUUGGAUUUAACAGUGGGGUCCCCAAAAAUCGAUGAGAAGGGUUUAACCUGCAAGCACCAAUCCAGAAGCAAUGGCACGUCGAUGAUGUGACAGGAAGUAUCUUCAACGAGUGCAUCCUC